CUCCUCUCAGUUCCAUCCGGGGCACUGGGCAAGCAACAAGAUGGCGGAGGGACGCAGAUACUCGCGGAAAGUUUCCAUCGUCAUUGAGCAAGGUCAAGUGUUCUCUGAAAGGAGGGCGUCUCGUGGGGGCGACCGCAGACGGAGUUCCGUCGCAUCCGUCCAGUACAGAAAAUCGGAUGGGGGCAUUGAAAAUGUCGCGUUUGAAAACGAUUCCCGCAGAGAAUCGCUUCGACCAACUUAUAUUGGACAUAGUGCUGACGUGAGGCGAAAAUCGGUUCAUUAUUUGAAGCGAGAGUUGGAAAUUGAUUAUCACAUUGCAGACUGGGAAGUUUUAUGCUCGAGGUUUAAUACAGACUUGAAUAAGGGUAUCAUGACUAAAGAAGUAGUCCUUAAUCGAGAAAAAUUUGGGACGAAUCAACUAACUCCGCCGAAAAAGGUUCCGCUAUGGUUAAAAUUUCUGAAAACUUUGAUCGGUGGAUUUCAACUGCUUCUUUGGGUGGCAGCAAUUCUAAGUUUUAUCGCGUAUGGAGUUCAGUACUCGGAAACGGGGGCGGAUACCCCGUCGGAUAAUCUCUACUUGGGAAUCACUGUAGCCGCGGUGGUCAUUUUGCUCGGAAUGUUCACAUUUUAUCAGGAGUACUCAAGUGGGAAGGUGAUGGACUCAUUCGCCAAGUUGGUGCCCACGAUGGCGACGGUAACGAGGGAUGGGAAGAUGCAACACGUCCCUGCAAAUGACCUCGUUGUUGGGGACGUGGUCGACAUAAAAUUUGGCGACAGCAUUCCCGCAGAUAUCAGAAUUAUCGAGUGUCAAGGACUUAAAGUCGACAAUUCGUCGCUUACGGGGGAAUCUGAGCCGCAGUCGAGGUCGCCCCUUUGUUCGGAUGAUAACCCAAUGGAGACUAAAAAUCUUGCAUUUUUUUCGACUAAUGCUUUGGAAGGAACCGGACGCGGGUUGGUCGUCGCUGUCGGGGACAAAACAUGCAUUGGCAGAAUCGCCGACUUGGCUUCCGGCAUGGACGUUAUUGACACUCCCAUCGCACGAGAGGUGGAAUACUUUGUAAAAAUUAUUUCCAUCGCUGCCGGCGUCCUCGGAGUGACCUUCUUCAUCGUUUCACUAUGCAUGGGGUACGGACUCCUCGACUCGGGAAUUUUUUUGGUAGCCAUUAUCGUCGCAAAUGUGCCGGAAGGAUUGUUGGUCACUUUCACCGUAAUUUUGGCCCUGACCGCGAAACGUAUGGCGGAAAAAAACUGUGUUGUCCGCCAACUUCACGCCGUGGAAACUUUGGGAUCCUGUUCCGUCAUCUGUUCUGACAAGACUGGAACUUUGACGCAGAAUAAGAUGACGGUGUCACAUCUUUGGUAUGGGGACAAAAUUGUGGACGCCGGUCUAAGCGAUGACGGCCUCCCGCCAGAUUUUUCAAGUGACCCCGGUUUCGCCGAGUUGUCGAGAGUAGCGGCGCUAUGCAGCAGGGCGAAGUUCCUGUCAGGACAGGAAAAUGUGCCAGUUAUGAAAAGAAAUGUAAACGGGGAUGCGUCAGAGUCGGCAAUUUUACGAUUUUCUGAGCUGACAUUGAAGAAUGUGGAAGCCUAUCAGAGACAGAGGCAGAAGAUUUUUGAAAUUCCAUUCAAUUCGAGUAACAAGUGGCAAGUAUCGAUUCACGAGAUAGAAGGAGGAAAGUUAAUGGUGGAGAUGAAAGGUGCCCCAGAACGAGUGUUAAAUUUCUGUACAAAAAUCCGCAUCGGGAACCAAAUACAUGAUCUGAACAAUAACUGGAUGCACAAAUUUAACGAUGCCUAUAACGGCCUUGGCGGUUUGGGGGAGCGCGUGAUCGGAUUUUGCGAGGCCCCCAUCGAUGCGGCAGAUUACCCGGGUGGAUUCUCGGAGAACGAGAUCACUUCACUUGUUGAGCAGCGUGGCAUGAUUUUCACUGGAUUAAUCUCCAUGAUUGACCCACCUCGUCCAGGCGUCCCAAACGCUGUAGAGAAUUGCAGAAUGGCUGGAAUCAAGGUUGUCAUGGUGACGGGGGAUCACCCCAUUACAGCCACCGCUAUAGCGCGAAAGGUGGGCAUCAUUUCGGCGGGAAGUAUGACCAGGGAAGAGAAAGCGGCAAGUAUGAAUGUUGGCGUAGAAAGCAUUGAUGCUGAGAGUUGUAAAGCCGUCGUGGUUCCUGGACACGAACUUUUGGAGAUGUCGACCGAAGAGUUGGAUGAAGUUUUAAGGAUGCAUCCCGAAAUUGUUUUCGCACGUGUGUCACCCCAGCAGAAAUUGAUUAUCGUCGAAGGCUUCCAGAGACUUGGAUAUGUGGUGGCCGUAACAGGAGACGGUGUGAAUGACUCUCCCGCUUUAAGAAAGGCUGAUAUCGGCGUCGCCAUGGGCAUUUCUGGUUCCGACGUGUCCAAACAGGCAGCUGACAUGAUACUUCUUGAUGAUAACUUUUCAUCGAUCGUGACCGGUUGUGAAGAGGGCCGAUUGAUUUUCGACAAUUUAAAGAAGUGUAUCGCAUACCUCUUGUGCGCAAAUAUUUCGACUCUAUCACCUUUCCUGCUCUACAUCGUCCUCCAAAUUCCCGACCCGCUCGGAACAAUUCAAAUGUUGGCAAUUGUCCUGGGAACGGACGUGCUUCCAACGAUCUCUUUAUCGUACGAACCACCAGAAGGCGACAUCAUGAAGAGGCCUCCUCGAAACCCUAAAACCGCCAAAAUGGUGACAGAGCAGUUGAUCCUGUACACCUACUUUGUCAUCGGAAUGGUGGAGAGUGUGGCGGGAAUGUUUGCAUAUUUAGUAGUCUACGCGCAUAACGGAUUUUUGCCGGACAUGUUGAUGGGUCUGAGUCCAAAAUGGGAUGACGACAAAGUGACGGACUUGCGCGAUUCGUACGGCCAAGAAUGGACCUUCAGUCAGAGGAAGGAACUUGAAAAGACUGGGUAUGUGGCCUAUUUUUGUGGACUGCUUGUCUGCCAAUGGGGAAAUCUCUUGGUGUCCAAGUGCAGAACAAGUCCAUUGUACACAAGAUUAUUUAAUAAUUACAUCGUUUACGUGGCAAUCAUUGGGGAAACUGUGGUCGGGGCUUUUCUUCAAUAUACGCCAGGAUUUAAUUACUGCAUUUCGUUCAGGCCUUUGAAAUUCGCCUGGUGGCUCCCAGGAUUACCGUUCACCGUGUUUAUCAUGGUUUUUGAUGAAUUCCGUAGAUUUAUUUUAAGAAGAUAUCCUCAAUUCACUUGGUGGAAUAAAGAAUUUCUAUAUUAAAAAGUUUUAAUAGAUGCAUGUGUGCUGAAAAUGAGCAGAAAAAGUGGGAAGAGUUGUUGAACCGAAUUAGUUUUACGAGACGAAAUAAACCUAAUUUUGAAAACUAUUGUCCAAAUA